AUAGUGCCUUUGCUGUGUAACCACGGCAACUCCUCCCUCAAAAUGCAACAUCACCAAAGCCCGGAUCGCGUGAACAAUGAGCAGCAGAGGACACCUGGCUCCACUGAGAGCCCGGCAGCGCCUCGCGAGCUCAGCUCAGCUUCGUGCCACAUUAACGCGGUGUUGUUCUCCUCCCUGUAGUCGGAGACCGGAGGGAUGCUGAUGCAGCCGCGGCUGCUGCCGUGACGGAGAGAGGUGCGCGCAGUUGGGAGAGCUUUUGUUUUUUUUUUCUUUCCUCCAAAGCUCCUCCUCUGUCGUCGCAGAGCGGACGCCGGUCACAUUGUGUUCAAUGAGAGCACGAGGACGCCGGAGUGGAUUUCCUAAUUUCAGCCCGCUGCGGAGCCGUGCGGCUGUGUUCUCGCCUCUGUCCAAGAGGCUAAUAUGAAGACAUCAUUUGGCAAACCAGACCCCGGAAAGUACCCACAGCCUUUUCAGCUCGUUUGAACCUGGAAGCAGCAUGCGUUGUCUCCGGUAAACCUGUCGUCCCUCCUUCACACCCAACCACCGCGUGAGGAUCCCACAAGCUGCACAGAGAUGGGUUCAGAUGGGCCCGGCAUGGAUCCACUGGAGCGAAGAGCGGCCCCGGGUGCUGCCUGCAAGCGGCAGAGCCACCGGCGCCUGCGCAGGAAGCUGAGGCCCGUGCGAGUCCUGGGGCUCGUCUUCAGCCUCGUGGCCCUAAGUGCUGUCUCCUUCAGUGCCUUGACCUGGAGCUCCACGGGCCUCAGCGAGCCGCCGCCCCGCCAGUCGGCCCCUCACAGGACUCUGCUUUUCACCCAGCAGCAGAUGGAGCCCAACGACUCGGCCGACAUGCCGGUAGCCUUGAGAUCCACGGCGGACGGCAACGAGAGCCAGGGGGAGUACCCGCGGGACCUUUUCAGCCUCGAUCAGAGGCGCCAGGGAGCGGUGGCGCUCCACAUGUUCGGCAUGAUCUACAUGUUCAUCGCCUUAGCCAUAGUGUGCGACGAGUUCUUCGUGCCGGCGCUCACCGUCAUCACGGAGAAGCUCUCCAUUUCGGACGACGUGGCCGGCGCCACCUUCAUGGCGGCGGGCGGCUCGGCGCCGGAGCUCUUCACCUCCAUCAUCGGCGUCUUCAUCUCCCACAGCAACGUGGGCAUCGGCACCAUCGUGGGCUCCGCCGUCUUCAACAUCCUCUUCGUCAUCGGGAUGUGCGCCAUCUUCUCCAAGGAGAUCCUCAACCUGACGUGGUGGCCGCUCUUCCGCGACGUGUCCUUCUACAUCCUGGAUCUGAUCAUGCUCAUCAUCUUCUUCCUGGAUAACUCUAUCUCCGUGUGGGAAAGUAUCUCGCUGCUCUCGGCCUACGCCACCUACGUGAUCUUCAUGAAGUUCAACAGCAAGGUGGAGGGCUUCGUCAAGGACUGCAUGAACAAGAACCAAGUGGUAGAAGUAGAGGUACAGCCAAAGGAUGAGAAGACGAGUCCCGGGGCACCAGAGGAUGACGGCAAACUGUCGGCGAGGCCCCGGCUGCAGAGAGGAGGUAGUUCUGCCUCCCUGCACAACAGCCUGAUGAGGAACAGCAUUUUCCAGCUCAUGAUUCACACGCUGGAUCCUUUAAGUGAAGAAUUUGCUGACUCUGAGCUUGGGACUUAUGGAAAGCUAAAAUAUUAUCACUCAAUGACUGAGGAAGGCAAAUUUCGAGAGAAGGCGUCUAUCCUUCACAAGAUUGCUAAGAAAAAAUGCCAGGUGGAGGACAGUGAGAAGGCCAAUGGAGUAGCCAGCUGUUCAGACAAGAACCUUCCAAACAGCUCCAGUGUGGAAGUGGAGGUGCCACCACCCAUGAAUGGCACAGCAGGGCAGGAGGGAGAGGCGGCCGAGGAGGAGGAGGAGGAGGACCAGCCUCUGAGCCUGUCCUGGCCGGAAUCCUGCCGCAAGCGCUUCACCUACCUCUUCAUCAUGCCCAUCGUCCUCCCGCUGUGGCUGACGCUGCCUGAUGUCAGGAAAGCGUCGUCCAAGAAGUUCUUCCCCAUCACCUUCCUGGGAGCCAUCUCCUGGAUCGCAGGAUUCUCAUACCUAAUGGUGUGGUGGGCCCACCAGGUUGGAGAGACCAUUGGGAUUACAGAGGAGAUUAUGGGUCUGACUAUAUUAGCAGCUGGAACCUCCAUCCCUGACCUCAUCACCAGCGUUAUUGUUGCACGCAAGGGGCUUGGUGACAUGGCUGUGUCCAGCUCCGUGGGAUCCAACAUCUUUGACAUCACUGUGGGGCUGCCCUUCCCCUGGCUCCUCUGGUCCCUGUUCCGGGGUCUGGAGCCGGUGACCGUCAGCUCCAACGGCCUGUUCUGCGCCAUCGUGCUGCUCUUCCUCAUGCUCCUCUUCGUCAUCAUCUCCAUCGCCGCCUGCAAGUGGCGCAUGAGCAAGCUGCUGGGCUUCAUCAUGUUCCUGCUGUACUUCGUCUUCGUGGUGGUCAGCGUCAUGCUGGAGGACAAGGUCAUCACCUGCCCGGUGUCCGUCUGACGGCCGCCGGGGGCGCAUUUCCUCUGCUUCAUCGCCGCUGACACCACCCUUGUCUUCUGCCAUCACGCUCCCCUGACCCCUGUGAUGCUUCAACCCGAGAAUAAAAGAAAAAUGAGCAGAGCCGGACGAGUGGAUCUUAUAAAAGCGAGCCAUUAACCCAGGACUUGUCUGGCUUCACAUGGGCCUAAUAUGCGUGGAUUUCAUUUAAUAUGAUCAUUAAUUGUGCGGUAAUGGGGGUUUGGGGUUAGAUAACCAUUAUGCAUGCUAUAGUGUCACUAGAUGAGCUGGAAUGGAGACACCGCCGGGUGCAGGUGAGGAGAACGACCGUCUGCAGGAGCGAAAGCUGCGGGUGGACGUUUUUCUCUGAGCUCCUGUCGGACGCUGGCCAGAUGGACUCAUGUCUUUUUUCUUUUCAACUUUUUGCUAAUUGAUCUUGGCCCGAGUGGGUUUAAGGUUCCCUGUGUCGCUGUCACAGCUGAAUGUCGCGUUCAGUGUCUGAGUCUCUGGAGCCCUGACGACAAACAGCCGCAUUAGAUGUCCUGCAGCAGUGUUAGUAGGCGUAGGGCCCUUUUCUUUGCCUCUGGACACACUGAGGUUCUGAUUGUACAGUUUUUCAUGCUUCACGAGCACCGACGGACGAGGAGAGGACGUUUAGCGCCAGCGUCGACACCCGCGAAACGUCAGCCCCAUGAACGCUCCAUGAAGAAAACGUGAGACGCAGCAGCGUUUAGUCAGUGCAGUAGAACUAGUCCAGCUCCUGGGGCUCCGUCGUAGAUUCAAGGAGUCACCUGCAUGAAACCAUGCGCUUGGAGGCGAAUAAUCCCCAUCGACGUAUAAGCGGGUGUUGACCAAAUGUAGACUUUUCCAACUCUGUUUCAUAGACGUUCUUACUGCACAGCGCCGUGCGUAGACGACAUCGCGUGUGCUCAGCCGUAUCUGUCAGGCCGUGCGGUUUCUUUUCUAACCCGAGGUGCUUUCGUGUGCAUGUGUGCAGUCUGUCGUCGCACAUCGGUCUCUCACACCUAAUUAACCCGUCGUGUUUAUACUACCAGUAUUUUGCAUUUAACUGCGAAAACCAAAUUUGUGUUUUAUAAUAGACACUGUACUCGCGGUCUCUCUUUAAGCUGCAUAGACUGUGCAACCACUGAUUUAACAGCAAUAUCCUGUGUGUCGUGGCCAUGCUCCUCCUGCCUGUUCACCCCCCCCCCCCCCCCCCCCCCCAUUAGAAGUUGACUAAGCCUGACGCUCGCCCACGACCCCCGUACCUCAACCCUACCUGUACAGCAGCUUCGUAGGAACUAACUGUAAAUGAAUAGUAUAUAGAUUCUCUGAAUGUGUGUUGAACAAAUGCAUGCACUGAUUGGGCUGGUUACCCACUGACUGUACAGCUGAGCUUAGACAAACUCUAUACAGUAUGUUCACUCUUAUGCAUCCAUUCCGAGAGAAGCACCAAGAACUCGUUGGUUUUUCUUUGUAAAUGGACAGAAAUCCCAUUUUUUGCAACCAUUAACUCUUUUGUUGAUUUUCAUUGAGUUUUUUUUUUUUUUUUUUUACGGCGGAUGGAAAAAACCCACAAUGCUGUGGCCCUUUAAUAUCACACUGCUACCGUGUUGGAGAAAAAGUCACAUAGUAGCAUCUAUUUUUAGAAUAAUCAGGAUUUUUGUGGUGCAUGUGAAUCUGAACACGUCUGAUCAGUUACUGGCAGGAAAACAAGGGCUUUAUUUACUUUAAUGCCUCCUCCAGGCGAACUUAGACUUUAGCGCUGCUGCCUUCAUAGUUUCCAAAAUAAAAGUAUAAACUGAAAUCACUACGUUAAACCAGUUCAUCAUUGCUGAAUCCAGUCGCGUGGAUUCACUCAUCACUCAUGUGCAUCGUGAAGUUCUCCUGUGCACAUUGGCCAUUUAACUCGUCCCUGUGAGUGCACACACGUGUGUGAGACCAUCAAAGUUAAGGAAACAAAGAAAAUAAUCAAAUGAAUUUCGCAUAUUUAGCUUCAAUCGUGGUUUACCAGGGUAAGCGACAGUAAAAGUCGACCACUCAUGAACAUUCUUGCACUGUAAAUGUUUUAUUUUCUUGGUGUUGAUGUAAGAUUUAUUUAAAGUGUACAUAUAUACAGAUACAAAUUAACCAUAUAAUCUAUAUGUGUAAAAGAAACCUGUCUCUGUAAAAACACAGAAUAAAAUGAAAGUAUAUAAUAAAACUAAUAAAGAUGAUAAUUCAAAUAUGCAAACAA